AUGAGUAAGAGCAAGUGCUCCGUGGCACCGGUGUCAGCCGCGGUGGCCCCAGCUAAGGAGCCCAAUGCCACGGGCCCUCGGGGCGUGGAGCUCACACUUGUCAAGGAGCGCAAUGGGGUGCAGCUCACCAACUCCACCCUCAUCGGGCCGCCGCGCAUGGAGGCUCCGGAGCGCGAGACCUGGAGCAAGAAGAUCGACUUCCUCCUCUCCGUCAUCGGCUUCGCCGUGGACUUGGCCAACGUCUGGCGGUUUCCCUACCUGUGCUACAAAAACGGCGGAGGUGCCUUCCUGGUGCCCUACCUGCUGUUCAUGGUGAUCGCCGGGACGCCGCUGUUUUACAUGGAGCUGGCCCUGGGGCAGUUCAACAGGGAAGGGGCUGCUGGCGUCUGGAAGAUCUGCCCCCUUCUGAAAGGCGUGGGCUUCACGGUGAUCCUGAUCUCGCUGUACGUGGGCUUCUUCUACAACGUCAUCAUCGCCUGGGCGCUACACUACCUCUUCUCCUCCUUCGCGGCCGAGCUGCCCUGGACCCACUGCAACAACACCUGGAACAGCCCCAGCUGCUCCGACGCCCGCCACGGCAGCGCUGGCCACGGCAAUGCCAGCCACGGCAGUGCCGGCCACGACGCCAGCCUCAACCACACCUUUGGGACCACGCCUGCGGCCGAGUACUUCGAGCGCGGGGUGCUGCACCUGCACCAGAGCCACGGCAUCGACGACCUGGGCCCCCCGCGCUGGGAGCUCACGGCCUGCCUGGUGCUGGUCAUCGCGCUGCUCUACUUCAGCCUGUGGAAGGGCGUGAAGACCUCGGGGAAGGUUGUGUGGAUCACAGCCACCAUGCCCUAUGUGGUCCUCACGGCCCUGCUCCUGCGUGGCCUCACCCUGCCCGGAGCCCUGGACGGCAUCAGAGCGUACCUGAGCGUGGACUUCCGUCGGCUGUGCGAGGCGUCCGUCUGGAUAGACGCGGCCACCCAGGUGUGCUUCUCCCUGGGCGUGGGGUUCGGGGUGCUGAUCGCCUUCUCCAGCUACAAUAAGUUCACCAACAACUGCUACAGGGACGCGCUCGUCACCACCGCCAUCAACUCCCUCACCAGCUUCUCCUCCGGCUUCGUGGUCUUCUCCUUCCUGGGGUACAUGGCGCAGAAGCACAGCGUGCCCAUCCGGGACGUGGCCAAGGACGGGCCGGGGCUCAUCUUCAUCAUCUACCCGGAGGCCAUCGCCACGCUGCCGCUCUCCUCGGCCUGGGCCGUGCUGUUCUUCACCAUGCUGCUGGCCCUGGGCAUCGACAGUGCCAUGGGGGGGAUGGAGUCGGUGAUCACCGGGCUGGUCGACGAGUUCCGGCUGCUGCACAGGCACCGAGAGCUCUUCACUCUCUUCAUCGUCCUGGCCACCUUCCUGCUCUCCCUCUUCUGUGUCACCAACGGCGGCAUCUACGUCUUCACGCUGCUGGACCACUUCGCGGCUGGCACGUCCAUCCUCUUUGGGGUGCUCAUCGAGGCCAUCGGGGUGGCCUGGUUCUACGGCGUGGGACAGUUCAGCGAUGACAUCAAGCAGAUGACCGGGCAGCGCCCCAGCCUGUACUGGCGGCUGUGCUGGAAGCUGGUCAGCCCCUGCUUCCUCCUGUUUGUGGUUGUGGUCAGCAUCGUGACCUUCAGGCCGCCCCGCUACGGAGCCUACAUCUUCCCUGACUGGGCCAACGUGCUGGGCUGGGCCAUUGCCAUGUCCUCCAUGGCGAUGGUGCCCAUCUACGCGGCCUACAAGUUCUGCAGCCUGCCUGGAUCCUUCCGAGAGAAACUGGCCCACGCCAUCGCGCCCGAGAAGGACCGUGCGCUCGUGGACAGAGGGGAGGUGCGCCAGUUCACGCUGCGUCACUGGCUCGUGGUGUAG